AUCUCUUUGGCACUAAAUCAGCCCUUAAAGUGAGAAUGAAGAAGAUUGCAUCGCGCUGUACAGAAGAAAGCAAACGCUGCCGAAUGAACUAAUUGCAAACUUUAGUCUGAUAAACGCCCGUACGCAAUUAUCUUUCUUAUCAACGACGACGACGAGGAGGUCCUACAAGCAAUCAAUAAUUGUCUACCCUCCCUAAAAAUACCACACCGACGUUCAGCGACAACAAGUUGCUGCCGAAAACAACAACUCAACUCACGCGCGCUCAGUUGCCUCUUGCGCCUCGAGCAGAACACAAGAAACCCGUCCGCGAAGACUUGGUCGCUCUUUAUCUUUCCGCGCGCGUACCCCGUUGAAGUUGCGUUCAGUUCACGGUAAAUCGUCGUCCAGCGAACAGCAGCAGAUCAUCGACCGGAGUCAGGCCGCCAAGGCCGCGUGUUGUUCUUCCAAGUUGUGGCAGGUCCAGGUCGAGAGAAGCAAGUUUUUAUUUUGUGUGCGGAGUUUGUGUUGAAGUUGAAGCACGAUGCCGAACGCCGUCAACGAUCAUCCGAUUGGCAAACAGAAGCUCGCCCCGAGGUUCAACCGGUUAAAAGUGCUAAAUAUAAUCAAACUGGCCACGAUGGAUAAGAUGAAGGAAGCGGAAGGGGCCGGUGGCGUGGGAGGAGGUGGAACUGCGGGUGGCGGCGGCGGCGGAACCACCGAGGGAGGAGACGCAUUUCACAGUGAGUUCUACAACACGGGCCGCAUCGGCCGACGGAACGCCCUGCCGGACAUUCUGGGCUCACACUGCACAACCACGACGGCGGACCUGCCGACGCAGCUGGGCGCACUGUCUACCUCCGAUUGUCCCACCAAAGCACCCAACACCCAGGCCGGCAGCCCGAUGGUGUCCAAUACCGCCACGACAUCGGCGACCGGCGGUGGCGGGGGUGGCGGUUCCUAAAACCCCCACCCUCCGCCCCCUUCUCUUUCGAGAGCUGCGAUCUUUGCUUAAGCUAAGGCCCAUUUGAUUUGUAAGCCAACAUUUUACUACGACAAACACAAACCAAACAAAGCAAAACAGGCCAUUUUAGAGCGUCACCCUGCUCGCGGGCACAAACACGACAACACGACAAAGGCGGAUGAACUGUGUGAGUUUUGUAUGGAAUUAGCAGUCUGUUUUUUCGUAUUACAAAAAAAAGAAAGGGAUAAACACACACCACACUCACGGAUCUCGUUUUAGCUAGCAAUCAAGUAUUUUGUCCAAGCAAGAAAAAAUUACAAAAAAAGUGCGAGUGCGUCAACUGACUGAGAACAAUGUUUGAAGCGUGAAACAUCACAACAUAUUAUUUAUGAAACAAAACAAACAAACAAAACAAGCAUUGUAUAAUUUUUGUGUUUUUUGUCGACCAAAGAAAUUGUUACGUUCCCGUUUAGGUUGAACUGUUCGCUUUUGUUUUUCUUUUGGAGAGGAGAAACAAGUGCAGUUAUCGGGCAACGACGAUUGAUGAUCAUCGUCACACAGUUGAGUCAAAUAGUAGUACCGCGUUAAAAUUUGUAACUCUUAGAUUUGACAUUAAAAUGUAACCGCAAUUGCCAUCGCUGAGGCGUUGAAAAGGAUUCACGCCGAUCAAGGAGAUUACUUGAAUUGUUUAUUUAAGGUAUGGAAUAAGCAAGCUAGAACAAAAUGGUUAAGCAAUGACAGCACCACUGGUUUUUCUUAAAAUCCAGCUAUAGUAUCCAGAACUAGAUCUUGCUCGUAUUUCUUUAGAGUACAAAUUAGUUUCGCUUAAUCUUAGUUGUGUUUCGCUGCGCAGAAGUAAAUUUACUGCUUAGCAUGUAGUAAGUUCUAUUGAUUCAUGAUCCUUAAUAUGUUCCUUAAAAAUCAAAGGAGUCUAUUUCAAAAGCUGUUUUUUCUGUUGGAAACUGAGGGAAUCCCUUUAUCAGAGAAAUUUAAGUAUAAAGGCUUCAAAUGGAAUUACUUUUUCAAUAUAAUUCGAUAAUGUAACGGAACUAAAUCCUACUACAAAUUUUUAAGUACACCCAAAUCUAGGACUACAAUCAUUCAGUAUGACUGCCACGUACUGACACUAAUUUUCAGUAAAAACUGUCCUUCAAUGUCAGCAUAUUUCUCGUCAGUCUUGAUAUAGGGUUUUCUAGUCGAAAAUUAACACCUCUAAAGCUGGUAUUAGACUAUGACAAUCAAACAAACAAACUCACACUUUUUUCGUGUUUGACAGUUUGCCGCAACAACUCAAAAUGUAUGGAGGCUGACGUUUUUGCAAACAAAUUCAGGCUAACUGUCAAAAAGUGCAAGUUUGUUUGUUUGUUUGUCAUAGUCCAAUACCAGCUUGAGUGCCACAGAAGUUUGUUUGUCUGCAUAAAAAUGUGCUUUCUCUUUCUCGCAAAAGUAGUUUGUCAUGCCUCAUGCGCCUUAUCGAGAAAUUGAAAAGAGAGAUGUGAGCCGGUAACAUGGAGUGAAACUUUUCCAGCUAUCAUGGAAAACUUCACAGAAAGAUUGACUCCAUGUCGCACUUUUAAUUUCUCGAUAGCUGGUUUGACAGUUUGACAGUUAACAUAUUUCGCAGGAGCAGUGACAGUUGGAAGUCGAUCUUUGUUAGCAUCAAGGCACUGUGACGAGGAGUUCGUUAUUUUUGAGUGAAAUUAUAUUUUUGUCACAGGGCCUAGAAAUCUUUAUUGAGUAAUGUUUGAACGCCUGUCUUACUUAGAAAAUGUUUUAUUUUUUAAUAUUUUACAAAGAAAGCAUUUGAUAAAUUGAUGCAAUUUGAGUUGCCAAAUAAAACUGCACUCGAAAUAGCGAACGCAAACUAAUGAGACCAUUUAACCGACGAUCAGGAUGAACUGUUUGUUUAAAUUUCCCUUCGACGUUGUAUUCAGAGUGAAUUACAAGUUAUUUUUGUGUCUCAAUUCUGCAUGAACAGUUGUAUAUGAUUUUCAUACUUCAAUUCAAUGUGAAUUUGGUUAAGCGAAUAUGUUAUGUGCUAAUUUGCCAAACGUCGGUGGAUGUUAGAAAAAAAUAUAAAUUUAUUUGGCAAUUUUAAAUGCUCUAUUGAAAAAGUAAUUUCAACAUUUAAGAAGCCUUUAACACAUCAAUUUAUAGAUUCUUUAGCUAGUGGUUGGGUCAAUUAGAAGUCAUGUUAAAUUAAACAUUGUAUAAUCAAAUCCAACAUUAUUAAAAUUUAUUCAGCAGAUCUAGCAAAGCGCGCAAGCAAGGCUAUAGUUAACAAGUUAUUAUUCAACAAAAUAAUAAUUUAAAACCAAAACAUGCACAUACAUCACCAUUGUUCCUUAGUGUUAAGAGUACCUUAGUUGUGUGAAAAAAGAAAUCAGAAAAACAAAACAAAUCUCGUUUAGUAAUUAUACAAUGCAAUUGCGUAGCAAUUCUUCUAUAUAGCAAGAUAAGUUUCAACAAAAAUUACCCGUACUGAAAAGAAACCAACAAACAAUCCAGCAAAACCAUAACUUCACAUCUUUCGUUGUUAAGUCUAAUCAAUGGUUAUCAAACAAAACUCUAGUUAAACUGAGCUCUGAGCUGCCGCUGGUCAUAUUGAUCUGCGAUCCCACGAGGAUUAACGAGUUCAAAGUGGUUUGACUUUUUUUUCAUCUUCUUUAUUUCGCGUUUCCAGCGAGAGAAUGCUGCAGGUCUUAGUCGUAACGUUGGGUUGAAUGACAUUUUUCUUAGUAUUAUUACAGACCAUCCCCAUUUGCUCCGCGCGGCAACAACCGAUCUGGUAUUCAGAACGAAAAGUUAACGAAAACAAUAUUUAUUGACAGUUGAGUAGUAGCAGCAGGUUUGUCAAUUUUGGCACGUGCCACAGGAUGAUCCCUUUAGAAUAACAUGCCAUCUUUUAAACGAUUUAUCGCCAAAUUUCGAUUGGGGAAUCAAAUUAGAAAAAGCAAAAUACCGUAAUUGAAACUAAAAAAAUAAAUACGAAAUUAACUAAAACAAACAAACGUUUUCUAGCCUUUUCCGGAAACUGUUCGCCAUCGAAAUUGUUUUCUCUCGACAUUUACUCCAAACUUUUGGAAGCUAACGAAUUUUCUAAACGAAUAAUGUUGUGCGUUGUAUAUAUAUUUUUCGCUUUGUUUUUCGUUGUAGUAAAUUUCCACAAAAUUCAAAAUUGAUAACGAACAAUCGCGCCGCUUAGAAAAAAAAGCAUUCUCUAAAAGUAGCCAAGCUCGGUCCACCAAGCAGCAGCUGCCGUAGUUUGCUUGCUUGCGAGAGGGAGUCAAAUAUUUGGGACAAAAGAUAAAUCUUAUCAUCUUUCGACCUUUUCUAACUUUUACAUCAUACUUAAAGGCAGGGAAGAUAGAUAGAGAGAGAGAGAGCCACACGAUCAAAUCUUAUUAUAUUGUGUCAAUUGAAAUGAAGCAAACAAAAGAAAACAACAACAAGGAAAUUUAAAAACUUAUUACUGACGUAAUAAUCUCAAAAGCACGUUGUGAGAAAUUGCUGGUAGAAAGAAACCAAAAGAAGAAAACAAAAUUUAUUACUAAGCACGAAAACAAAAAGCAUUCACAUAAAGAAGAAGUGAAACAAAAAUUAUCCAAUGAAGAAGGCAAGCAUUUUAUAUGUUGACACCUAACCAAAAUUAACGCUAUAGGUAACAGUUAUAUUUAUAUAUUUACAUAAUUACAAAUUAUUUAUUGUCAGAUAAUGAAGUAAGGAAAAAAACAACAACAACAACAUUAUUAUUACACGAUACGUUUGUGAAUAAAGAUCAUUCAAAAAAGAAA